AAACGGUUUAACCGAUCAGCCCUGUGCUGUUACACAGUCGGAGAUGUCCACGGGCAACGUCAGCCCUCCGUUUCCUAACGUGUAUGUAGGACUGUGUUGCACAAUCUGGGCAGGCUUCGCGGGCACAGCUUACCGAAGUCCCGAAAGGGUGCGGCAGACAAGGACGGGCCGAAAACUGACAGGAGGCGACGACCGACUGUCAGACGAGGGAGGCUCCGGAGGGAGGGCAUUGUGCAAAGUGUCUGAGUGUAUGAGUGAGUGUGUGUUGUGGAGGGUGUGUGUGUUGUGUGUGUGGUGUGUCGCACAGCAUCGCUUCGCUCAUCUACCGCUGACCUUACUCCGUACUGUCCCGGACAUAAACUCCGAGUGUGAUGUGACUAACGUUACGGGACUUGCCUGGCUUGGUUUGGGAUGAUGAAUUGGGUCGCGUCAGUAAGCCAACAUCUCUUUCUGGUGUAACCUACCUUGCUGAUUCAGUACGGUAGGUGUGGUGCGUGGCGUCUUGAUUUGACCCCGGGAGGGGGGAAGGCUGUCCUGUCAUCCGUCAUCUGUCAUCUGUCAUCCGGCGUGAUUUCGGCAUACCU